GACGCCAUUGGCACUGGCCGGAAGCACGAAGAUGGCGUACCAGAGCCUUCAGCAGGAGUACCUGCAGAUCCCGCUUGUCACCCGGGCUUACACCACCGCCUGCGUGCUCACCACCGCCGCCGUGCAAUUAGAAAUAAUCACACCAUUCCAGUUGUACUUCAAUCCCGAGUUAAUAUUUAAGCACUAUCAAGUUUGGCGAUUAAUUACAAAUUUCCUGUUUUUUGGUACAGUGGGAUUUAAUUUUUUGUUUAAUAUGAUCUUUUUAAGGUACCGGUAUUGUCGAAUGCUGGAAGAAGGAUCGUUCAGGGGUCGCACUGCAGAUUUUGUCUUUAUGUUCCUUUUCGAUGGAUUUUUGAUGACUGUUUUUGGCCUGUUUGUCAAUCUGGUGUUCCUGGGCCAAGCCUUCACCAUUAUGUUAGUGUAUAUUUGGAGCAGGAGGAAUCCUUAUGUGAGGUUGAACUUUUUUGGGCUCCUUAAUUUUCAGGCUCCUUUUCUGCCCUGGGUACUAAUGGGCUUCUCAUUAUUACUUGGAAAUUCAAUCAUAGUGGAUUUGCUAGGAAUUGCUGUGGGCCACAUAUAUUAUUUUUUGGAAGAUGUAUUUCCAAAUCAACCUGGAGGAGGACGGCUGCUCAGGACUCCAAGCAUUUUGAAAGCUAUUUUUGAUAUUCCUGAAGAGGAUCCCAACUACAACCCACUGCCUGAGGACCGGCCUGGGGGCUUCAACUGGGGCGAGGGGCACUGACUUGGAGGCUAGCCAUGAACAACUGCCAGCCGCACACUCUCUUUACAACCUCGGAGGACAUACCUGUUCUCUUUUGCCUCUGACUGCUUGCCAUGGUUCAUUUCCAAAUAUACAACUUUGCAGAUUGCCAAUGACCAUCUAUCAGCACCUCCUGUGUGAUGGAUACCUGCCUUUUUCAAAGGUGUAUUACAAUUGGCCAUCAGUGCCUAUGCCUAUUAUACUGGAAUAGCUGAUACUUUCAAUGAGGUCUGCGCCAUGGAACUGGACAUCUGCGAUUCUCAUGAAUUGUUCUGCAGAAGAUCAAAUAUCUGAGGUUACAGUCAAAUGUGUGGCCAUAAUUUUUAUAUAAUUUUUUUAUCAACAGCCUCUGACUGGUGUCAGACUUGGCUACUGUAAGUAUUCUUUGGCAAUGAAAUCGGAAUUCAACCAUCAAACUCACUGAUUCUUGACAUUAAAUUACUGAAUAAAAAGCCAACUGAUGGAGCAUUUGGUCUGUAUUAACACAGUA